AUGGAUGUUACUCACACCCCUCUGCUCGCCCCAUUCUCAAAAGUUCACUUGACAGUGGACACCUCAUCUGGAUUUAUCUGGGCCACCCCAUUGAAGGGUGAGACCGCUCGUCACGUCAUUCAGCACACCCUGCGCUGUUUUGCUGUGAUGGGUAAGCCACAAAGCAUUAAAACGGAUAAUGGCCCAGCCUAUGUAUUUCCUCUCAGUUUUCAUCCUUUUGUGAUUUAUGGAAUGUGAAAUUAAUCCAUGGUUUGCCUUUUAAUUCAACAGGACAGGCGAUUGUGGAGAGGGCGCACUUGACCUUCAAGACACUGCUGUCCAAACAACUUGGAGGUCGAAAUGCCCCCUCCGCCGAGAUUCCUUCAAUUGUGCAUACUGUUUUAUUCACUCUUAACCAUUUUUUUGUAUCCCCAUAAUAGGGAAUAUACACCGGCUGGCUGCAUCCACAGCACCUUCGAAGACAUCGACGCUCAGCUAG